GCUACAGUUACAUGACAGGCCUGUGGGCUAAUAGAAACAGUAUAGUGUUGGGGGGGGUGGAUCCUGUUACACUGUACACAGGAAGAGGAAGCAUAAAGGAACUGUGUGUUCCAUUUUUCUGUCUUGUGUUCCACUUGAGUUUGCUGCACAGUGAGAGCACACUGCAUUCCUCCACCCAGAGACCAUCCAGAGAGACUAUCUUGCCAGCCAGCCAGCCACAGGGACCAGCGUGUUGAAGAGGGACCGUCCUGCCAGCCAACCAGAAGAACCAUCCUGCCAGUCAGCCACAGGGACCAGCCUGUUACAGAGGGGCCAGACAACCACCUAUCAACAUUACACAGUGCCAGCUGAAAUUCUUCGUGCAAGUUAUGCCGGGAAGUCACAUAACAUCUUGAUUACAUAGCCAUUUUCUCUACUUGUACGAUGGAAUGCGAUGCAGAGUGCGGCAGCCGGCAGCGGACUCGGGAGUACCUGGAGAGGCUGCAGCUAGUGAAACAGGGGGCUGAAGCCCGGGUAUACCGGGGGCACCUCCUGGGAAAGGCAGUCGUGGUGAAGGAGAGAUUUCCUAAGACUUACAGGCACCCUACCCUGGAUGAGAAGCUGACACAUAGGAGGACCUCACAGGAGGUGCGAUCUAUCUUUAGGUGCAGGAAGGCAGGUAUUCCUGCUCCUGUCAUCUAUUUUGUUGACUAUGUUUCUAAUUGUAUAUACCUGGAGGAUAUAAAAGAUUCGGUCACAGUCCGAGACUAUAUUAUGUCCGCACAGGAGAAUGGCAGCAACCUGUACAGCCUGGCAGAGAAAAUAGGUCAGAUCCUAGCACGUGUGCAUGAUGAGGAUGUCAUCCAUGGGGAUCUCACCACCUCAAACAUGCUCCUACGCCCUCCGCAUCCAGAGCUGAAUCUGAUUCUUAUUGAUUUUGGUCUGAGUUUUAUCUCUGCUUUCCCAGAGGACAAAGGUGUGGAUCUUUAUGUUCUAGAAAAGGCCUUUCUCAGUACACACCCUAACACUGAGGCGGUGUUCAAAGCUCUGCUCAAGAGUUAUACUGCAGCAUCUAAAAAAUCGGGCCCUGUAAUAAAAAAACUGGAAGAAGUCCGACUCCGUGGAAGGAAGAGAUCAAUGGUGGGAUAAAUGUGUAUUUUUGGUUCUUAAGGUGGGUACACACUGGCCGAUAUAUCGGCCGCUCUCUUGAACGGCCGAUAUAUCGCGGGUCCGUCUGACAGUGUGUACGGGCGAUAUGUCUGUGAACUCCGUCGUUCACAGACAUAUCGCGUCGGCCCCGCAGCACAGCUGACGGACAAUAUAUCUAUUGAUAUAUUGGCGCAUCGCUGUGUGUGUACAGGCGGUCGACUGACCUCCCGUACACAUGCUGCGGCAGCCGGCGGUGAUUGACAGCUGAACUGGGCGGGCGUGUGUACACACCCGCCCAGUUCAUGACGUCAGUCCCCGACGGAUCGGGCAGUGUGUAUGCUCAACACACUGUCAGAUCCGUCCAUAGAUAGAUAUAUCUGCCGAUCAAUUGAUCGGCAGAUAUAUCUAUCAGUGUGUACCCACCUUCACUCUAUUUUUUUUGUACAAUAUUUAGAUGAAAAGACUUCAUACAUCAUAAAUAAAUAAAUCUUGUUUCAUUUUCUGUUA